GUACAGCCAUUUGCUCUCUGUAAUUUACUUUUCUCUCGAGGUGGUAGUCUGUAAUAUUUGUCAGCCCGGUUUAUCAUUUUAUUACCAAAAAAAGAGGAAGUGGUGAAACCCUAGAAUUCGUCGAACCCUACAAUUUAGUUGUACGGUGGGAGAUUCGAAACCCUAGAUUUCAUUUGCAGAGAGGUCAGCGACGAAACCAAAGAAUUAUUCGCUUGAGAGAGAGAGAGAGAGUAGCUUCUUCUUUCUGCAAAUGAUUCUUUUACAGUCACCUUCGAGGUUUCUCAUCCAGAUUCUAAUGAAUCGCUUACAAAAUUUAGAGAAAGGGGUUGAAAUGGACUGCCAUUCGGUUGAGUUCGAUGACGUUCGUUACCGAAUUCAGUUCUCUACGAAGGAACACCAAAUCAUGGUGUUAUCAAUGGCAAUUCCUGCUCCUCCCCCAGAAACUGUUUUUAUUGGCGGGCUUCCUUUAGGAGCAAUAGAAGCUAUAAAGUUGGCAUAUGGUGCCGUCGUACAAAUUCUCGAUCCUCCAAAAGAUGGAUAUAAUCUUACAAUAAAACUCAAUUUGUCAAAGCUUCCAACAGAUGAAGAGAAGCGCCAUGCUCUAUUGGUAAAGAUUGCAUCAGUGAGAGAAGUGGUAUUAGGUGCUCCUUUGAGAGUGGUUCUUAAGCAUCUCCAAUCAAGGACUGUUGCUCCUGAUAUAGAUCGCUUGGUUGCACUCGUACACAGGCCUAAGGAGUCCUUUUUUCUUCUUCCUCAGGCAGAAAAGGUAACAGUGGUGUUUCCCAUGAGAUUUAAGGACAAUAUUGAUACUGUUCUGGCCACCUCCUUCUUGCAGGAAUUUGUGGAGGCAAGACGCACUGCUGGCCUAAAUAAUGCGCCUCCAUGUCUCUGGUCCCCAUCUCCUCCACUAGAGUUGAGAGGUGCUCCCAUUCAAGCGUUAACUGCAAAUGCUGGAUUUGUUACUUUUGUCAUUUUCCCACGCCAUGUGGAAAGCCGAAAACUUGACAGAACAGUUUGGAGUUUGUCCUCAUUUCACGCAUAUGUCAGUUACCACGUAAAGUGCUCAGAGGGUUUCAUGCAUACCAGAAUGAGGCGGCGAGUGGAAUCACUCAUUGAGGCUUUGGACAGAGCCAAACCAGAUGUCGAGAAGUCAAAGAAGACAGCCCAUGGAAGGUCUUUCAAACGCCGUGCUUAGAUUGAUGACUGAGUUUUGGCGCAUUUAACUGCCGACGUGGGUUAACUUAUGUCUCUCCCAGGAAAUUGGAAUGUAUUUAAUUUUUAGAAAUGGACAACCAGGUUCUUUGUAUGGUUUUUUCUAGUUUGAUGUUAGCUCUGUUGGCUUAAGAGAGAAAUAGUACCAUUUAUUUAUGGAGGAACUAUAAGACGAGACUAUUUGUUUUUGACACAAGGAGGUCAUACUUAUUUCUAGCUAUCAAACUUGAAAUCAAAGUCAUCAAAUGUGAAAUCAAAUGACAAAGGGUGUUCUAUUUAUUAUGAACAAUAAGCAAUAAAAAUUUUCUCAAA